CUCUCUCCUUCUCUGACACAGUCUCUUCCUGCUGCAUCACAACAGUCGGGUGGAUCGGGUAACGCCGUGGCUAUUUCCACCGCCUUGUGGAGUUUUUAUUUCAAUAAAUGUAACAGAAUUCCUCCGCGACAGCUUCAGCCCUCGAGCCCGUUGCCGUCAGCCCGAGCGGACGUCCGCGUCAGCAGCACUUCGCGUUUAAAGCACGGUGGGAAAUGGCGAGGCCGGAGCAGGUCCUGCUUUUGGAACCGCAGCACGAGCUGAGAUUUCGAGGUCCAUUUACAGAUGUAGUGACCACCACCCUCAAGCUUGCUAAUCCCACAGACAGAAAUGUGUGCUUUAAAGUGAAGACGACUGCACCGCGCCGAUACUGCGUGCGGCCAAACAGCGGAGUGAUUGAUGCUGGAACUUCGAUCAAUGUCUCGGUGAUGUUGCAGCCGUUCGAUUAUGAUCCGAACGAGAAAAGCAAACACAAGUUCAUGGUUCAGUCUUUGCUGGCCCCGCCCGAUAUGACCGACACGGAGGGAGUGUGGAAAGAAGCCAAGCCUGAGGAUCUGAUGGACUCCAAGCUGCGAUGUGUCUUUGACAUGCCCGCUGAAAAUGAGAAAACGCAUGACAUGGACAGCAAUAAGAUCUCCUCCAGUCUUUCUAAAUCUGAAUCGUCUACGUUGUCUAUGAAGUCCAUGGCCUCCAGUUUGGAUGAUGGAGAGGUGAAGAAGAUCAUGGAGGAGUGCAAAAGGCUUCAGACGGAGGUUCAGCGACUACGAGAGGAGAACAAACAGAUUAGGCAGGAAGACGACGGCCUGCGGAUGAGGAAGAGCACAAUAAUGCCCUCUCAGCACUCUUCCCCGGCCGUCCGAGUCAAAGAGGAGGGGCUCAGCAGCAGAAUCAUCGCUCUCAUCGUGCUGUUUUUCGUGGUGGGCGUCAUCGUAGGCAAGUUGGCCUUGUAAAAUCCAAGAGGCGAGUGCUACAAGCAUGCAUCGUGGACGAAUCGAAAUCAACACAGACAAGUAACCAACGCAGAAUUCGUUUAAUCCGAAUGACAUAUUUGGGUAGUUUUGGAUUAGAGAGGUGUGUUAAAUUUAAAGCGAUCAAGGAAUUUCAUCAUGUAAUGUGCAUUGUAAAAAAAAAAUAAUCCGACACGGCUCCUGGCUCGAAAUUGUGAAAUCGUUCCUUCCUGUACCAUUUCUGAUGCAAGUUCAAAUGGAUAACAAACGUCACCGAUUUUAACCACUAAAAGUGUCGUGGGGAUUUUCUAACACCAGAUGUGUGAUUGAGUGAAUGUUGUUUUAUCACUUUUCCUAUGGAGGUCCGCAAAUGUAAUCUGUAUAGAAAGGCUCUAAGUCUUUGGAAAGUGUCACGUGUGUGUUUUAAUUUAUGCAUACCAAAACAUCCAGCAGUAUAUAGCCUAGAUAUUUUGAUGAGUUUGCAUCUCCAAGAGCAAGUAAAUGAUGAACUACUAUCUUCCCCAUAGCAUAACAUGCGUUUUGUUGAUGUUUCAUGCAUAUGUCUUGAAUACCAAAAGGUAUUACGAUCAAACAUAUAUACGUUAGAUCUGAUUAGCAAAUAAAAAUGGCUUGCGCAGAUCUACCAAUCCUUAUAAGCAAAUACAGUAAGUGUGCUGCUUUCAAGGCAAAACUACACCACAAACUGUCUUUCAAGUGAUAACUUAAUGGUUAUUUUUAGACAUUUUUAAAUUGACGGCAUGGAAAUCGACUGUUAAAAGCCGCUGUUACUGGGGAAGUGUUGGUGAAGCUCAAUAUUUCAAAUAUAUUUCUUUGUAGUAACUGCUGUUUAUGUUGGUAAGGCACAAUGCUGAUGGCUCCCAAUUCCUUGUAUUCAAAAUCAAAUAGAUGAUUCACCUUUCUUUGUCUUUAUUCUUUUGGGAGGGGAUAUCUGCUUGAAUGCAUGGCUCUGUCGAGAGCAAAAUCAACAUUUUCUUUUAUUAAGCUGCUCCAUAGGUCUCCUGAGCCCGCCUAGCGCACGCAAGUUUCCAUCUCGCUGCCCGUAGACCUGAAUGAACUUUUGAUCCUUUUAUGAUCGGGCAGCUGCUAAUUCGUCAUGUUAUGACGUUCUCGUACACGCUUGAUCCGGCCCGUAAACACUGUUACCCCUCGUAAAGCGAACAAACUAAAGCGCUCGUGGCCUUGAGGUCUUCUGUGAGUAUUACAUCUAGCCGUGCCAAUCUACACUCAUUUCCAGACAAAUGCAUGGCUUCGAUAUGCCUUGUCGGCGGUCUGAAAUGCACACGCAAGCGUACGGCUUUUAAAACACUCCUGCACCGUUUUCCUCGGCCUUCUGCGUUCUCGGAUGUUUCGAUUUAAGUUAUAAAUAAAGCUUUUAUUGCACAGAACUGUUUAUGCACUACAUUAUAAAGAUUGUCAUCUUCCCAUUCAACACUAUGACCUUUUUAUUUUCAUCACAUCAGACUCUUCCUUCAAGGGGCCAUUUUGUGACCUGAUAUGUAUUUGCGUCAUAGUUUGGUGUUGUGGGGGUGUGUCUUUUUAUUUAACGUUUUUCCCCCUCCCCAUUGAAAAGCUUUGUUUUCAGAUCAUCUUAUUGCAGAUUUUUAAGAACUGAGGAGCUUACGAUGUUGAAUAAUUUUGCUUUGUAAGUAACUUAAGGAGAUGUUCAGGGUAUAGUGGUUUCGGCCUGCUGUUUAUGAUGUAUAUUUCACAGAGGAAUGCGAUUGCCAUUGAGGGGGAGGGCUUUGGGGGCUUGUCAGCCAAUCGGCUGGCUCAUAAAAAUACUUCUAGCACCCCAAACCUUCAUAUGUGAUGUAAACAUGAAGGUGACAGUUUUGUAUGUAUAUAAAUAAAUAAAUAAAUAAAUGAGUCUAGGAUGAACAUUAAGGUUGAUAUUCCUAGUCAAGUAGUCUAUAAUGGUAUAUAAAGAAACCCCAACUUUGUUGGACUAUGUAGCAUCUUAAUAAAUUAAAUCAAUAAAGCCCCAGACCAAA